AUGCAUCUUCUAACCUUGACUUCAGCGUCCCAGCGACCACCGGCUGCAGCCCCAUCACAGACGCCGCCUGGCACCAGCCCAGCUUACCCUCCUCCGUCAACCUCCGCCCAACCCGCGCCUAGCUACCAGCCUGCUCCUGGGGCCCCUAGUUAUGGGGCCCCAGGCUAUGGCGGGUUGCCUGCGCCUGCGUCAAGUGGAAACGUCGACUUGAGCGCCAUUCGCCCAGUUAACUCCGGAACUGUCAGCAUUGCUGAUGCGAUUGCUCAAGCCAAGGCAUACGCCGCUGAGAAGGGCGUUGCCUCGUAUGACCGCCCUCUUGUCUAUGCCCCCGACUCGAGGGGCCCCGACCGAUCCUACAAACGAUCCAGAUCACGAUCACCAGCCCGAGACGAGUUUCGCGAUGGAGUGAACCCUUAUAGAGACGAGCGCCGUGCCGACCGCGGAGCGCCUGGACGGAAUUAUGACCGUGAUCGAUCCUUCUCUCCUGGCCCACGUGGCCGUGCCUUCUCUCCCCGUGGAGGAAAUGGACGAGAGAGGUCUCCUCUCAGGGGAGGAGGAGGCGACGACAACUCGGAAACCAUUCAGAUCGAAUCUAGUCUUGUUGGCCUUAUUAUUGGUCGACAAGGAGAAAACCUUCGCCGUAUCGAAGCUGAGUCGAACUGCCGUGUUCAGUUCUUGGCUGCGACUGAUGGUGGUCCCUUCCGUCAAUGCAAAAUCACUGGCCCUCGACAUCGCCGAGCUGAAGUGAAGGAAGCCAUUAACCGCAUCAUCGAGGAUAGCGGAAUGGGCGCUUUGAAUCGCACCAACGAAAAGCCCCGGGAUCCCAACAAGGGUGGCGCGACCGCUCUCCGCGAGGGCGAGGACCACAUGCAAAUCAUGGUGCCCGAUCGCACAGUCGGUUUGAUCAUUGGUCGUGGCGGCGAGACCAUUCGGGACCUCCAGGAACGGUCAGGAUGCCACAUCAACAUUGUCGGCGAAUCUAAGAGCGUGAACGGACUCCGACCUGUUAACCUCAUUGGCACUCGUGAAGCAGCCGCUCGAGCCAAGGACUUUAUCAUGGAAAUUGUCGACAGCGACAGCCGAGGCGACGCACCGCCCGCCAUCAAGAAGAUGGGAGGUGGCGGAGGAGCAGGACCUCCAGGUGGAGGUGCAGUUGGAGGAAUGGGAGGCCCUGGUGGUCGCAAUGACGGCCCUCCCCGUGAUAUGGGGGGGGCUGGUGGCCCGGACAAGAUCAACGACGCCGUCUAUGUUCCCUCUGACGCCGUAGGUAUGAUUAUUGGCAAGGGCGGCGAGACAAUCCGUGAAAUGCAGAAUGUCACUGGAUGUAAGAUCAAUGUUGCGCAGUCGUCCGGUCCUGGCGAAGUGCAGCGGGAGAUUGCCUUGAUUGGUUCGCGCGAUAGUAUCGCUCGGGCUAAGUUGGCUAUUGACGAGAAGGUCGAAGCAGUACGCCAGAAGGGUAGCGGCGGUGGCCGUGGAGGUGGUGGUGGACGUGGCCAUCAUGAUUCUGAUCGAAACAACUUUUCCCAGCCGGGACCCAGUGCUGCUACUAACCAAGCUCCUCCAGCUGCUGCAACAGAUGGGCAGGACCCAUAUGCUCAAUAUGGUGGCUACCAGAACUACGUUGCCCUUUGGUACCAGUCUCUGAUGUACCAGCAACAACAGGGCGGAGAUGCUCCUCCUGCCGGAGCCCCGGCACCUGGAGCACCGUGA